AUGGGACUCAUCAACAAUAAUCUUGGGAUGCUCUACCUCGGGGUGGCUGCCGCCAUCUAUCUGAGGCCAGAAUAUGCCAUCAUUGCGGAUUCCAGGACCGCGACAAUGCUUCUGGUGCUGCUUGGCAUCAUCUUAUGGAAAUUCGCCUACCAAUUAGUAUUGUAUCCAAUGUUCUUCACUCCUUUGAAGCACAUUCCCACACCAUCAAGUCGAAACCUCUUGACGGGAAACACCAAGACCUAUUUCCCACAGACUCCCUGGCCGGAAAUCAAGGAGUGGGCCACGAGCCUGCCCCACGAGGGUCUCAUUCGAUACUACGUGGUCGGCAACCUAGAGCGCAUUGUUGUGACGAGCCCGAAAGCUCUCAGCGAGUUGCUCGUCACGAAAGUGUAUGACUUUGAGAAACCCAAGCUUCUGAGGCAGAACCUGCGCCGCAUUGUAGGCGAUGGUGUCCUGCUCGCCGAGGGCGAUGAGCAUAAAAUCCAACGCAAGAACUUGAUGCCGGCUUUUGCAUACCGUCACAUCAAAGAUCUGUAUCCGGUGUUCUGGGCCAAGAGUGUCGAGAUGGUCAAUUUGAUCCAGGAGGACUUGGAGAAAAGACGAUCCGCAGGAGAAAAAGACAUCACAAUCACCGUCCGUAACUGGGCCAGUCGCGCGACGCUCGAUAUUAUCGGCGUCGCCGGCAUGGAUCACGACUUUGACUCUCUGCGUGAUCCGGCGAAUCAACUUAACAAAUCUUAUCAACAAAUCUUUGAAUCUCCUGGUCCCGGCACCAAGACGCUUUUCGUCAUUGGAAUGCUCAUGGGAAACGUCACUCUCCUUCACGCGCUGCCUACCGAACGCAAUAAACGCAUCAAUGCAGGCGGACAGGUGAUCCGCGACGUCGCCCGACAGAUGAUUCGACUGAAAAAGGAGAAGAUGAAGACGUCGACCGCGCAGACCGGCGUCGAUAUCAUCUCCGUUGCCAUGCACAGCGGAGUCAUGGACGAGGAGAAUCUGGUGGAUCAACUGAUGACUUUCUUGGGCGCCGGGCAUGAAACCACUGCCACGGCGUUGCAGUGGGCCGUCUACGCACUCUGCAAGAAUCCAGAAGUCCAGACGAAACUCCGCGAGGAGAUCCGCACGCACCUUCCUCCCUUGUCGUCAGAAUCACCAAACACUAUCGAUGCGGCCACCAUCGACAAUCUCCCCUAUCUACACGCCGUCUGCAACGAAGUGCUUCGCUUCCAUCCGUCGGUCCCUGGCACCAUCCGGACCGCCGUCAGAGAUACAUCGCUGGCGGGCCAUUCGAUUCCCGAGGGGACAACGAUCACCAUCGCUCCUGAAGUCGUCAAUCAUUUGGAGGAGCUUUGGGGCCCCGAUGCGAAUCAAUUCAACCCUGAGCGCUUCAUGGGACCCGGUAAGGCAAACACGGGCGGAGCAAGCAGCAACUAUGCCUUCUUGACAUUCCUCCAUGGCCCACGCAGUUGUAUUGGGCAGGGCUUUGCCAAGGCCGAGCUUGCUUGUUUACUCGCCGCGACCGUGGGACGAUUCCAGAUGGAAUUGAGAUAUCCCGAUCGAAAGUUGCAGCUUCGCGAGGGCGCUACGGUCUCGCCAAAGGAUGGUGUCAUUGCUAUCUUCACUCCACUAGAGGGCUGGUGA